GGUAUACUAAACGAAAUAAUUAUAUGAUAUCAUAACCAUCGAUGAAAACUCUUUGAUGAGACCAACAACAAACAAAAAGUAAUAAUAAUAAUAAUUAAAAAAAGUUAAUAUUGUCUGUAGAGGACAAUGAAUAGCGGCGGCACCGACGAUGACGGCGGUGGUGGCGGCGAUGACCAGAUUAUCGACGAAAGUUGCUGUUUUGAGACCAUCUAUCGGGAGCUGGAGAUUGCAUUGGAUCCCAAGUUUAUCGGCAACGAAGAGCGUGCCAUUCAUCGUAUUGUCGAUAAUAUGAAAUACAAAUACAAUAACGAACUUAAAGGCAUUUUACUUGAUUACAGUCACUUGAAGUUUGUCAGCGAUUUGGGCCGUAUUAUCGAUGACCAGCCGUAUAUCUAUUGGACAAUUGGCGCCCAUUUCAAUACAUCCAAUAUUAUCGACGGACAGUUAAUUCGGGGCAAAAUUAAUAAGAUGGGAUCGUCAUAUUGCGGUACAAUGAUUGGCGGCUGUAUCGAUGCCACUAUCUAUAUGGGCGACGAUGUCGAUGAAAAUCUAGUGAUGCCAUACAUCCGAUUGGAUCAGGAGAUCAUAUUUCGUGUCCAACGAUUUGAAUCAAGCAAUUGUUUUAUUGAGGGUAUCAUCGAUGCCAAGUGUUUCGAUAAAAUCAAACAAUUAAUACCAUUAGUUGACAACUAUUUUGAAUGA